AUGAUUGCGACUUGUGCCUUCAUUAUCUCCACCACUCCGACAAAAUUGACCUCCAAAACGCUCUAUGUGACACCUACCACCAUCAGUACAACCCCGUCCCUAGGCUACCAUCCCCAAAAACACCCCCGAGCAACCCUCAACCCCCUCUUUGCACUCCUUAUCCCAACAAAACCGGGCCUCCCCUCCAGGCUUAUGCUAGUAGAAUUUUUGAUUUACGAUUAUUCAAAAUCAUUUCCCAACUUCAAAUUGCAACUCAGUAGUGCUGGUGCUGAAUUCCCAGACUCAUUCUUUGAGAACAUGGACCGUCUAAUCCUGAGCUUGCAUCUGAAACACAAGAAGAAAUUCAGUUUAGUUACUCAUGACACUUUAAACACCGGUGACACACUUGAUCGUGAAAAGGACAAGCAGAGGCGACUUUUCCCUGGGAUUGCUGUGCCAGACAAGGAGAUGAAGAAGGAUGUGCUCAUGAAAGAGGUGGAUGAUAUGAUGGCUCAGUUUGAAGGUGUUGUGAAGAGGGCAAAAACAACAGAUGAGGAUGACUCAGAGAGGCCUGCAAAGCGGGAGCGAAGAGAUCGAUCUCAGUCACAGUCACCACGCCAUUGUAGUCCAAGCCCUGACAGGGGCCACAAUUGCGACUCCAGAAGGGAUGAUUGGAGGGGGAGAAACAGAGACGAGUGGCCAGUAUUGUUUAAAAUCUACAGUGGCCGAAUAUCAAGUCUCAAAGAGUUUGGCACUUUUGUGCAACUAGAGGGUGUUGCAGGAUGUGUAGAAGGCAUGGUGCAUGUUUCAAAUAUUCAGCAAGGUGCACGUGCAAACUCUGUCCAUAUUGGUCUAUCUAUAAAGGAUGUAGACCAAGCUACGGGUCGUGAUCUCACUCCUUACUUGCACAUCAAAUCUGAAGCCGAGAUGGAGGAAGAGCACCAACGAGUGGCUUGCGUGUCCUCUGGGGCCAAUGCUAUGUCUGACCUCAAUCCUGACCUCAAUGAAGACUUCGUGAAUCCUGUAGCUCAGAUGAAACGCACUCUUGAUCUCAGUCCUGUAAAAAUCAUCAAAGCUCCUAAUGGCUCCCUUGAUGGAGCCGCCCUAAGGGGUGCAGCUUUGGCUAAAGAGCGAUGCGAGCUUCAUCAGCAAGAAGCUAAUGAACAAGCUGACUCUGAAGCUCGAGACUUUAGUGCACCAUCAUUGCUCCCUUAA